GCAAGGUGUGGGCGGGGCACAACAUCAGCCGCUUCGACAACGCGCGCAUCCGAGAGGCCUUCAGCUCCCUCGCCCGCGCGCCGCCCGUGCCCGCUGGCGUGGUGGACACGUACGACCUGCUGAGACGGGAGUUUGGCACGCGAGCUGGCAACAUGAAGAUGGCAUCGCUGGGAGCCUACUGCGGCCUGGGCAUGCAAGUGCACAGGGCGAUGGAGGAUGUGCGGAUGAACAUUGAUGUCUUCAAGCAGUGCUCCGCCAUGCUCAUGCUGGAAAUGUGUCACCCUGCCCUCUUCCAGGCGCCCUCCACCCCUCCUCGCAGCAAGACACCCCCACGGCACACCGCCACCGCUGCUGCGACUGCAGCUGUGAAGGCAGCAGCUGCUUCAGCAGCCAACGCAGUGGCAGCAGCAACACCAGCAACACAGAAACCAGCAGCAGCAAAGAACGCCUCACCAGCAGUCUCAUCCCUAGCAGGAGCAGCAACAGCAACAGCAAAAUCAGCAGCAGGUGUAUCCUCACCCAGUGCUCUAUCUCCUGCUGUUAGUGCCGCUGCGUCAUCGGCUGUGGUGGUGUCUGCCACGUCAGCUUUGCUAAGUCAGGCGUUUGAGUCCUUGAAGAUUGACUCUGCUGCCACGUGUCAGAACCGAGCAAAGUCGGAGGAGGGAGAUGCUGAGAGGGAACUUGAGGAUGGGGAGGUGGUGGGGGAGGAGGAGGAAGAGGAGGAAGAGGAGGAAGAGGAGGAAGAGGAGGAAGGGGAGGAAUGGGAGGAAUGGGAGGAUUGUGAGAAUGAGGAAGCAAGGUCGUACGAGAAAGAGAAGCACAUAGAGAGCAUUCCUUUGAGCAAGGGAGUGGGCAGAGAGGCCGGCGAGGCACAGGGGGAGGGGGGGAGCGAGGGCCAGGUGGCAGCAACCCGAACAACAGCAUGGCAGGCAGGUGUGGGCGAGUGUGUGGUGUGUCCGCAGUGGUGGCAGCAGCAGCAGGAGCAGCACGCCAAGGAGGGCGCGCCCUGGGCCAUCACAUGCACUCACUUCGACCCCUUCUGGCUGCAGGCACUGUGCGCGCCUGCUGCUGGUGGUGGUAGUGAUGCUGCAGGCGGCAAUGCAGGGAAUGGCAGCGGCAGAGGCAGCGGGUGGGGAGGGGGCAGGCGGUACAGCUUGAGGGGAGGGAGUGCUCGCGUGUACCCGAAUGGCUUCAUGACACAGUCACCAUCUGCUGCUGAUGAUGCCGGUGCUGCUGGUUAUGGUGGUGGUGCAGCGGAGUGUGCACCGGCACGUGUGCUGCUGCUGUACAACGGGCGGUCGCUGCACGUGAGGGAGUGCAGCGCGCGGAUCAAGAUGAGUUUGUAUUGCUCUGCGUCAACUCCAGACUUCUCAAUCUUUCUCAUCUCUCCCCCCUACUCUCCCUCAUGCACGAAUCCCUUCCCCUCUCCCUCCCCUCCUCCUUCCCUCCACACCAGCAUGUCGGACUUGCCUUUGACGAGGCGACUGGCCGCCCGUCCUUCUCGCUGCUCCCCCUCACUUGCCCAUCUCCCCCAGCUCCCCCACUUUCCCCAUCUUCCCCUCUCUUCCUCCCCUCCCUCACCAAUGUGUCAGACCGCUUUGCCUUUGAUGAGGCAACGGGUCGACUGUCCUUCUCCCUUCCACCCUCUCCUGCCCAUCUCCCCCCUCUCACCCCCCUCCCAUCUUUCCCUCUUCCCCCUCGCAACCCCCUUCCCCCCAUCCUCCCCUCUCCCUCCCUUCCCCCUUCCCUCCAGUGUGUCGGACCGCUUUGCCUUUGAUGAGGCAACGGACCGGCCGUCCUUCUCGCUGCUGCUCGCCAUCUCGCCCGCCGCUGCUGCCGCCAUCACUGCUUGCUUUGACGCACUGCUGGCGUGCAUGGGGAGUGGCGAGGGCGCUGCUGCACGAGGGGAGGAAGGCCGCGUGGAGGGCGCAGGCGAGGAGGGGAGCGGCGGGGGGUGCGGGGAGGAGGUGCGAUCGCCCUUUGUGGUGGCGUGGGAGGAGGAGGACGGCACGAGAGUGAUCCGCGUCAAGCUGGCAGCUGAUGGCGUGAGGGGGAAUGCUGAGUGGCGCACCAAGUUCUUCUCCUGCGCUGCACCGCACACGACCACUCUCAACACCACCAGCAACAGCAGCAACCAGCAGUCACCACCUGGAUCGCAGAACCUUCACCUGCCAGUGGAACCUCAGCAGCUCCAUCUGCCUGUGGACCCACACACUGUGGCGGCAGCGCUACCAGCAGGAGCGGUGGUGGACGUGGCCUUUCUCGUGGACUCCUACUGUGUCAAUGGCACCAGGGGGCUGCGUUUCGUGGCAGAUGUGAUUGUCGUGAGGGGGGAGUGCUUGCCCUCCCCCUCCCUCUCCAGUCACGACCCCCACUGCAUGGUCUUUCAUUUCCCUCCUGCUGAUGUCACUGUAUGCGUGGCUUGUCGGGUUGAUGCUCACUGCGUGUAG